AUGUGGAAUGAAGCUCGUAAAUUAAAUCACCAGGAAGUUGUGGAAGAAGAUAAAAGACUUAAAUUACCUGCAAAUUGGGAAGCCAAAAAAGCUCGUUUGGAAUGGGAACUGCAGGAAGAGGAAAAGAAAAAGGAAUGUGCAGCUAGAGGGGAAGACUAUGAGAAAGUAAAGUUGCUGGAGAUCAGUGCAGAAGACGCAGAAAGAUGGGAGAGGAAAAAGAAGAGGAAAAACCCUGAUCUGGGAUUUUCAGAUUAUGCUGCUGCCCAGUUACGCCAGUAUCAUCGGUUGACCAAGCAGAUCAAACCUGACAUGGAGGCAUAUGAGAGACAGAGAGAAAAACAUGGAGAAGAGUUUUUCCCAACAUCCGACAGUCUUCUUCAUGGAACACAUGUACCUUCCACAGAGGAAAUUGAUAGGAUGGUCAUAGAUCUGGAAAAACAAAUUGAAAAACGAGACAAAUACAGCCGGAGACGUCCUUACAAUGACGAUGCAGAUAUCGACUACAUUAAUGAAAGGAAUGCCAAAUUCAACAAGAAAGCUGAAAGAUUCUAUGGGAAGUACACAGCUGAAAUUAAACAGAAUUUGGAAAGAGGAACAGCUGUCUAAUCCCUCAAGAACUGUUUAUUAAAGCUUGAGAAUGGAGUGAAAAUUUUUGCUAGCAAAUUCAAGUCUCUGAAAUUUUAUCAGUAAUCCAGAAGUUAGUUUAUGCUUUCCCACUCAGCAUUUAGAAAUAAAAAUGUUGUUUCUUAAACGUAUAUAUUUCCACAUUUUUGUGCUUGGAUAUAAGAUGUAUUUCUUGUAGUGAAGUUGUUUUGUAAAAAUCUACUUUGUAUAAAUUCUAAUUAUAUUAUUUUUCUAAGUAUUUUAAAUAUGUGUAACUAUUUCAUCAUUGAAGCAUUUGGGGUUUAAGGAUUGCUGGCAGCAUACACUAAAUGCAGUCAUGCUGCUUUGAAUUUUGAAUUUGAUAAUGUCUAGACUCGGGAGCCAUUUGGAAUUGAGGAGUCUGAAGCCAAGGGGUUGUGGGCCCGAGGGAGAUAGCAGUGGCUGCCAGAGGCGGGGCUGCUUAUGACCAUGUUCAGGGAAUAGUAGAACUGUCCUCCCCUAUGGUUGACUGUGUACAGUUCCCUUUUAACAAGCAAUAAAAUGCUUUGGAUUAGAA